UUAUCUCCUCCUUGCACGGUGACGUCGCCAUCCUUUGGAGGGGAACUACAUAGCCGCGGAUUCAGGACUCGCAAACUAAGAGUAGUUAUUCGAAAGAAACCGCAGGUGCGGAUUUAGAGUGGUCGUGACUUAUUUUGGAAUAUUUUAACAACUAAUCUCUCAUCAUGGGUGGAAUGACACAACGUCCAUGGACUCCAACCAAAAGGCGCGGACCCAUCGCGGCAGAAUUUAGAGGACCAGGACCUGCCUGCGUAGCCUUACCAUCAUACAUAGGCAAAAAGACGUCGGAAUCCAAAAGUGGGCGAGCGCCAGCCUUCAGCUUUGGAGCCCGCCACAACGGCAAGCUCGAGAGCAUCGGGCCCGGUCCCGGACAAUACAAUGUCACCGGACUCAGUGCAAAAGGGAAGGAUAAUCCUCCUGCUUUGAGCCUUCACGGCAGGCCAAAGGAGCCAAAACCAGAAAACUUCCCUGCGCCUGGGGACUAUGACCCGGACAAGGCAGAAAAGGUCAUCCAUGACAACGCACCCAAAUUUACGUUUGGGCUAAAAACAAACUUAGAGAAACCAGUGGACACACCAGCUCCUAACGCUUAUAAACCAUUUCGACGUUCCGGCAGCCAUCGAUAUUCCUUUGGACGUAGGACGCCAAUAAUUAAACCUACAGAUACACCGGCACCUAAUGUAUAUAAUAUACCCCAAUCCGAAAAAGUGUUACACGAUCAGGCUCCCAAAUACAGUUUUGGGGUUAAAACAAACCACGAAAAACCUUCAGACACUCCGGCUCCCAAUGAAUACAAUAUACCACAAACGGAAAAAGUGUUACACGACCAGUCCCCCAAAUACAGUUUUGGGGUUAAGACAAAUCAUGAAAAACCUUCAGAGACCCCGGCUCCCAACGUGUACAAUAUACCUGAAACGGAAAAAGUGUUACACGAUCAGUCCCCCAAAUACAGUUUUGGGGUCAAGACAAACCAUGAAAAACCAUCAGACACCCCGGCUCCCAACGUAUACAAUAUAACUGAAACGGAAAAAGUGUUACACGAUCAGUCCCCCAAAUACAGUUUUGGGGUCAAGACAAACUAUGAAAAACCUUCAGAGACCCCGGCUCCCAACGUAUACAAUAUAACUGAAACGGAAAAAGUGUUACACGAUCAGUCCCCCAAAUACAGUUUUGGGGUCAAGACAAACUAUGAAAAACCUUCAGAGACCCCGGCUCCCAACGUAUACAAUAUAACUGAAACGGAAAAAGUGUUACACGAUCAGUCCCCCAAAUAUAGUUUUGGGGUCAAGACAAACUAUGAAAAACCUUCAGACACCCCGGCUCCCAACGUGUACAAUAUACCUGAAACGGAAAAAGUGUUACACGACCAGUCCCCCAAAUACAGUUUUGGGGUUAAGACAAACCAUGAAAAACCUUCAGAGACCCCGGCGCCCAACGUAUACAAUAUACCUCAAACGGAAAAGGUGUUACACGAACAGUCUCCAAAAUUCAGUUUCGGGGUUAAGACAAAUCCUGAAAAGCCUUCAGAUACUCCCGCACCAAACGUAUACAAUGUGCCAACUUCUGACAAGGUUUUGCAUGAGAAUUCUCCGAAAUACAGUUUUGGAAACAAAGUUCAGGCGGAGAAACCUUUGGACACCCCUGCACCGAACGUUUACACUAUUCCAUCUGCUGUGGGAGACAAAUCGACGCCUGCCUACACAAUAUCUGGAAGGACCAAGGAGCCAAUCGAUGAGCGCGUGAAGAAUCCCGCUCCUGGACAAUACAACAAUGUAGAUCCUGAAAAUUACAAAACCCAUUCUCCGGCUUAUACUAUCAGUGGAAGAACAAAUCUUCCCAGGGAUGAAAAUAUUCCUGGACCUGGGGUAUAUUCACCAGAAAAAGUUGUUCUAGAUAUAACACCAGCACACAGCUUCGGAAUCAGACACUCCCCAUUCUCCGAUCACUACUAAACACCAGCCGAAGAAACGACCUCGACUCGACUGCGUUUCGCCUGGCCAUCCUCAGGGCGAUCGCAGAUAUUUUCAUUCAGGAUCAGUUGGAGCGCAAAUAAUUUUAUCUGCUCAAAUACACAACAAUUUUUUGAGAAAACAAAUUAGAUCUGCCCUUUCUAACAAUAAUUUUUAGUAAUUUUCACUGGUUGGUUGCAUUCGUUCUUAGAUACAGCCCUCUGUACUCAUUAUGAGCAAUAACAUACUUAUUAUUUUGAUAUAAUCUGAAACAGUCAGCCGCUUGCCAAUAAUUGUUAAUAUUUUUAUAGUUUACGUUUCAAAUGUUUAUGUGUUUUAUACAUUUUAGCUUAUAUUAAUCCUAAACGCAGGUCCCUUGUAAGUAUCACUUUGUUGAGUAUGAGUAUUUAUUAACAUUUUUUAUAUUUUAUAAAUAAAUAUUUUAUACCUCCCA